GGCCAGCAAUGCGCCUCGCGUACUGGACAAUCGCCAUAGCGUUUUCCUAUUCGUUCAUGGCUGCUGCUCCUGCACCUUCGGCCAAUCACAGAGUUUUUGCACCUAGACUCAAGUAGAAGUUGAACAAAUUCUUGAACCAUGGAAGGGAAUACAGUAGCCCAGACUUUGACUGCUGAUCAGCUCGGUCAGAUCCAGACCAUUCAGACCCAAGGUGCCCAGGCCGGUGGUCAGCAAGUCCAGCUACAGUUGCAAGGACAGCAGUUGGUCCAGGUCGGUGGGGGCGGUCAGAUCUUGGCCGGGGGUCAACCGAUCACAUUGCAGGUCGCUGGAGGUCAGACGGGGACAACACAGCUCCAGCAGCUGGCCCAAACGCUGCAAGUCGUGGGUUCCGGUGGUCAGGUACAGCAGGUAUGUUCCUCUCAAAUGAAACUCAAGUCCUCUGAGUUAUGGAACAGCCUUCCUGAACUCAUCAAAAAAAUAUUUAACUUCUUAAACUUCUAA